GCUGCACCAUGGUUUUGUUUGGAAUGGGGAUUUCAUCUGGAAAGCUGUAAAUAUCUGUUUUUUAUUGCUAAAUGCAAAAUGGUCUUACUUUUUCUGGCGGUGCUGCUCUCCUUGCACAGCGUUGCGCCCGCUGUGGGGGAUUCCUGCCGGGGGUCGCACUGCUCUGGCGGGGGAACUGGCGAUCCAAGGCCGUGCACAGGGGCGCACUGUCCCGGGAGCAGAUCCUCCAGGCUCCCCCGGCAGUUCAACCCGGCGCCGCAGUGGAGAACCGGACACGCAGCGGCCACCGCGCACCAUGCGCACCCGAGCCCUCAGAGAGCGCCUCUGGAGACCGACCCGCACGGCGGAUGCUCCGACCCGGGCUGCACCAGGAUCCGGCUCCAGCAGCCCCGGAACGAGUCCAGAGACUGCAGGGGGAUCGAGUGCCGGCUGCCGCUGAGGAUCCGGCCCAAAGUCCGCGGGGGUUCCUGCGUGGGAGAGGGAUGCUCGGCCGCGGCGGAGGCGGACAUGUCCUCGGUCUACCUGUCCGACAGAGCCGCGCAGUUUCUGGGAGACUAUCCGGAGUUUGGACAUGCAGCCUCGGAGCUCGGCGGGGCUCCGCUGGGAGUCCAGCUCACAUGUGACAUAAAGCCAGGGGAGAAUGAAGUCCCUUCAGAAGACGCUCUCAUCCUGCACCUCCAGUUGGCGAAGGGGCAGGAGAAGCUGGUUGAAGCCCUCCGAGCCCAGCAGGUGGUAAUCCGCGAUCUGCAGCAGAAGCUCGUCGACCAGCAGGAGGCGCUGCUGCUGCAGCAGCAGGACGUCCUGCAGCAGCAGCGACAAAUGUACGAGCAGAUGGAUGCGGUGAAAAACCAGUUCGGCCAGCUGCUGGAGACGGUCAAGCAGGCCUCCUUCCAGGGCCUGCAGGGGGAGCUGCACAGCUACUUCGAGAGUCACUUGGCGGGACUGCAGAGCCAGGCCCGCAGCCAUCUGCAAAAAUCCUACGCCGUGCAUAAAAUGGACAUUGACUCCAAAGUGAUGGAUGUGGUGGGAGAGACUCAUUUCCCGCAGCCUCUGCGUGUCUGCCGAUCGCCCUGCGGAUCAGAGGAGUUCUGUGAUUUUCAGAGGGAUCCACCGCAGUGUGAGAAAUGCACCAUGUGUCCGCCGGGCUUCUUCCUCAUUGCGCAGUGCUCACAAACUGCAGACAGAAUGUGCCAGGACAGAGACGAAUGUCUUGAACUACCACAGAUUUGCGGAGAGCGAGUGAAGUGUCUCAAUACUCCUGGUGGUUUCAAGUGUUUGGGGGUUUCGGAGAGAGAAGCAGGGACGGGUCUUUGUGGUCAUGAAUACUUCUACAACCAGGAGCUCCAGGAGUGCCAAGCCUGCACAGAUUGCGAUGGGGAGCCUUUGGUCACCCCCUGCACAGCCAUCAGCGACGCAGUCUGCGGCCAGAUUUCAGAGAACCAACUCUCCCAGAUCUGGAUGGCAAAGGUGACACUAUCUCCUGCAGGUACCUCUAGCUCCCACAUCUUUCCUGGUCUGCAGCUCAACAUCCGAGGAAAAGAGAGCAGCAGUCUUCUGUCCAACGAGGCUGGAAGAGUGACAUUCCUCCAGCAUGGUCUGGUGUGGCUGGAUCAUAACUUUGCUAUAAAGCACAGCUGCAGAAACUUCCUCCAGGUCGGGAUGAGACUCAACAAGAGCCAGGAGGAAGAAGAUCAGGACCUUAGUGGCAUCCGCAUUGAGCAACCGGAUGGGAAGUAUUUCCAGGGGGUGAGCGUCAGUACUGGCUUGGAGGUUGAACCUAACCACGUCUUCACUCUGUUGCUGAAGAGUCCCAACCAGCACUGCAAUCAGAGCAAAGACCUUCAAGUUUUUGAUGUUCCCACCCCGUCUCUGAGUCUCCUCUGGUUGUCUCAUGAUACCGGUGCUGUUGCUAUGAUGGCCCAGAUAUCCCUGUUGGCGCACUACCAAACCAGCUACCGCCCGACUUUCCGUAUCACGACAGUGUCCGACCCCUACAUGGUCAGCCUCACUCACGACAGCCGUGGGGUGCGCUUCACGGAGAGCGGAGUAGUGAAGUUUGUCAUUCAGCAGGCGCUUUACUCCAUGGGUCACACCUGUGUUCGCGAAGGUUUCUCCCUGAUCGCCUACACCACCCGGAACACCACUGGACUGAAGACGAUGCAAGCCUUCAAGACGGGUGUGAACUACAGGGAUACUUCCAUCACGCUCUCUGGCGCAGUGACGGUGGAGAGCAAAGACAUCCUCACUUUUGAGAUCACGUCUCCAUCGCAGUGCAACAUCCGGUACUUUGGGGACAGCACCGGGAUCAGUAUCUUGAGUCUGAUCUGGAUUCCCUCGGCUGUGUCAUCGGCCUUGACCGCCACAGUUUCACGGACAGGACUUCCCUCUGGAGCCGUCAGGAAUAAACCACUGUUGUUUCAGCAGAUCAGCCCGGAUACGCCGCAGGUCCAUCUGACUCACUCCGGGGACUCAAAUGCCAGAAGGAACUUUGUCUUUUGUGAGAAAGGUACAGCAAACAUCGCCCUCAACCUCAAACUGAUCCACUCAUGUAAUAUAGUCAAACUGACUCUGCAGAGGGUCGGAGGUCAGCAGGCCGGUCCUGUGGCUCAGCAGGUGUCCGGAUCAAUGCCUGAAGGCAGUGAGUGGACUAGCAUCGGGCUGAGAGCCUCUUUUCAGGUCCAGAAUGGCACAGCUGUUUACGUUACUCUGGACUGUAUCAGAGGACGUGUAAACCAAAUAACACAAGAGGGUGGCACCAAUAUUUCAAUUCUCUGGGUUGCUCUGUGAUCCAGGAGGACGGAUUUCUACCAUUUUCAAAAAAUCUUUUUGUGAAAACUCAAAGACUAUUUGGUGCUAUGCAGUAGUGCUGGAAGAUAUGGAUGAGCAACUUACCACAAGAUAAUCAGUUCAUAUCAGUCAAUAUUGAUAAUCAUUGAUUAGUUUUUUGUUUAAGUAUCUGAAACGCUGCCAAACUGACGCCGUCACUUUAUCCACAGUUUUCACACAGCGCUGUUGUCUUUUUGUUUAAGUGGCGGAAAUUUGAACUGCUGCUGCACAAGUGACUCAGCAGGUUGUUGCUAGGUAACCACAGAGGGAGUGCGUUGCUAGGUAACCACAGAGGGAGUGCGUUGCUAGGUAACCACAGAGUGAGUGCGUUGCUAGGUAACCACAGAGCCAGUGCGUUAGUUGAUUUCACUGACGUAGCUUAGCUCGCUGUGAGAGUCUGAGGAGCUAGCUAAGCCGGGAGAUGUCUGCCUACAUCUCCCAGAAUGCUACGCGGUUCUGGGUCGGACGUCAGUGAGUAUUUUACGUAUUGACUAUUCAAUCAAACGUCUUAUCUAUUGAUAUUGAUCAUGUGUCUUUAGCGAUACCGUCGUUGAUUUAUUGUCCACCAUCCCUUUUUACUAAAGUAUGAAUAUUGACUGAAUUUUUUGCUUUAAAUUAAUGGUUUUCCACUUGUUCAAGCAUUUUUAUUUUGGAUGUUUGUUCUUCUGAAAUCCUUCAGCUGGUUGAAAAGUGACCAAUUUAAAAUCUGAAUGUCUUCAUAUCUGUCAGACUGUGCGCAUACAGUGGUGCUCAAAUAUAUGUCUGUAUGUAGACAAUCAUUCAUAGGCUUUAUUUUAUAAUGAUGCAUUUAUAAGUCAAUUUUAUAUAUUUUUUUUAUUGCAGAAUAUUAUAUUUAAUGUAUCUUUUGUAUGUAUGACCUUAAGGAUAAAUUACACAAGGGCUUCAGUUCUACUCUAUAGUUGGUUUAAAAUGUUCAUUCUAGUCAAUAUUAAUACAAUCAGUGUUUAGAUGCCAUGCACCUUUAUUUACACAGAAUAAGUUCUUGUCGCUGUUAAAUGUUUGGUCACC